AGUAGGUUUCAGAAUAAUAAGGCUAUUCGUCUCUUAUGUAUAAAACAAUAUUAGAACAUGUAAAUAUUAAUUUUAAAACAAAUAGACUAAUAGAACUAAAACUAUGGCAGAAAUAAAAUAUCACUUUAAAAUGAGAAAGUCAAAUCCAAGAAUCAAGACUAAAAUUAUAUGGAUCAAGGUCUAUUGUAUAUCAUUGAUAUACAAUGAACACGCUGUACAUGUUCAAAGUAAAACAAAAGCAUAAAACCAAGAGAUGCUUUCGAUAAUGCUAAGAAUAUUGUCUAAAUAUAAAUUAUCGAGAGCUCACAAAAGGGCAACCAGUGAUGUUACCCUUUUACUUUUUGAGAUUCAGGAGAAAUAGACACUUUUAAUGAGCAUAACAUACAAUAGGACAAUUUCAGCUAGCAAAAUGCAAAAAAAAAAUGAUACUUCUUAAAAUGCAUUCCAUUUUGAAUAAUAAUGCAAAUUACUAAUAACAGGUAAGCUGGUAAAAUUUGAAAGAUGAUUCCACUAAGGAAUAUCGUUUGAUUUUGAUCUUGAUAGAAACUUUCUUGUCUUAGCCAGGGGUGUUCAAACAGCACAAUUAAGAAAUUUUUCAAAUAGUUUUGGCUAAGAUAUAAAUUAAUGAGAUAAAAAUACAUAAGCCUACUUUCAAAUAUCUGUUCAAAUUUUAUAAGACUAUUUCAUGAAUAUAAUGUGGAAGAGAUUACAAGACAGAGUGAAAGGACGAAGAACAACGUCUGCUAAACAAGACAUUAAAGAUGUUGCAGAAGAAGCAGUGAAGCAACAAAAACCGACAAAGGAAGCUAAAAGUCCACUAAAACAAAGACAUGAAGAAAAUUAUAAUACUGAAGAAAUGAAAGAUGUUUUAGCAUUAUUUAAUAAACUGGAAGAGUUGGUCAUAGAAGGUGAUCCCAGAGUACGGGAUGUUUUAAAUCAAAGAGAGAAUCCACAGCUGAAAACCGAAGAAAUUCCAAAACUUGAUUUGCAUGAAUUCAACUACGAUACACCAAGAGGAAAAAGUAAAGUACAGAUUCAAAUGAGAGGAGAUGAUAAGUUAGAGGUUCCGAAAAAUGCAGUUCCUAACAAAGCACUGAUAAGAAUUUCUUUACUUGACAUACAAGAAGUACCACAUACUACAUUUGGAGUAUCAAAUGAAAGAAAUCCAUCAUUAUUACCAAUAUCAGCUGCUGUCAAGAUUGAGCCAGAAAAUUUAGUUUCAAAACCAGUGACUAUCAGAUUACAAACAAGUAUUGCAAUGCGAAGUGAUGGUCAAUCAAAAGUAGAUGAACGCUCAAAAAAUACUCAAAAAAAGUUAAAAGUGAUAGAGGAAGACAUCGAAGCCAAAAACGUCAUAAUUCAACACAAGAACUCAUUGACCGGCGAUUUAUGGCAAAAGUUAGGAACUAAUGUUUUCAGAUCAAGUGAUUCUGUAAUUUUUAAAACUCAAGAAUUGAGUAGUUUUUGUGCUUUCCAUAUUCAAGAUGGAACGAACAAUGAUGUCUUAAUAAAGAAGAUUGCCAUAUAUGUUUUUCAAAGUUUGGAAAGAAGAAAGAAACAGUUCCUCUCAGUACUGGUAUGUGAAGAUCAGCCACAUGUUUUACAAAAAGGAGUUGAGAGUAUGCCUGGAUGGCUACAUUACAUGGACAGCUGUUUUAAUAUUGCAACAGAAGAGGGAAGAAAUCUUGUUAUUUUGGAACCAAUUGAUAGAACACUGUGCAGCAUUGACACCAAUAAGAUGGAAAUACCCUGGGAAAAUUUGUGGCGUCCAGAAUGUUUAAUACGAAAACAUUUCACCGUCACAUUACAUAAAUUGGAUACAGAAGGAUUUAUACAGUUGGUUGUAAAUGAAGCAAAUUAUAGAUUAAACACAUCGUUUAUAUGGCAGGUUCAAAAACAACAAAUCUUUCUUCCUGAUCCAGUGCCAGUUGAAACUUAUGCUCUUGAUGAAGAUAGAGCAUGGAAAUAUGAUCUUGAGCCAAAACCAAGAGAUUACAGUAAUUUAUACAAACAUGUAACAUGGAAACCUCCAACUCCUGAGCCACAACUUGUAACAAAUGAGAGUUUACUGAGAUAUGCAACAAUGUGAAAGUAAAGAUAUUUAUAAGAGUGACAAACUGAUUAUUGUAUCUGCAAAUGAGAUGAAUACUGUGUUUUGAAUCAAUUAGUAAAUAAAAGUUCUAGAUAACUCUUGAAAACCUACACAAAUUAUUAUUACUAACAGCAUUUUUUCAAUUUUGGGUUUUCUUGUAUGAUGGCUUGGUAUUCUGAUUCUCAAGCUUUUAUUGGUGUUUAAAGCAGUCGGUACAAGUUCAAUAUUGGGGAAGGGUGAGGGGAUGA